AUGCCUACCGCAUUCCUUGGUUGUCGUGCCGCCGUUCAAGCGUUCGAAGUCGGCAUUGACCUCUUCUCGCGUUCCCGCCUCAACGCUAUGUCUGAGGCCGAGAUUAUGGCUACGCUAUACCGCCUGCAUAGUUAUAUGUUAGCAUUGUUUUCAGACAUCCUCGCUCGUCCUGGUGGUCCUACGCCACACGAGUCUCGUUUACUGGCGUCCGUUUACAAUGCCACCCAACGCGUUGAAGAACGCAACCGAAGUACUGCCUGGGAGGAAUGGCUGCAAGAACCAUUGGAUGGUCAUGCGCUUUAUAGCCCUGGCGAAUGCCUAGACUCCAGCUUUACCACGGGGUACAUAGGAGAGGAGGACGCGCCGAGCGACCGCGGGUCUUCGUCACCUCCGGGGAUCAUUACUCCCCGAGGUCGAGCUCAUGUCGUUCAGUCCCCUUCUCCUACGGGAUCCGAUCCGUUGUUUCUACCGAGCCCUGGCCCAGAGUCCCUGCCAGUUUCCUCGCCUGACUCGACGCCGCCUGUCCCUAUUCGGAUGUGGUCGAGAUCAUCGAUCCUCCGUCUUCAACCCCUUGAAGCGGCUAUGGGCCCUCCAGGUAAACGACGCAAGAUUAUUGAGAAACCCUCAUCUGAUGACGAGGCCAUCCAACAUCCCAACCGUUCACGUUCGAGCUCGUCGGACUCUGUACCUCUUGCUAGGCCUUUGCGUGCAGACAAGGGCAAGGCUCGCGCCAAGACGCCUCCGCCUGUUGCAGGUUCAUCUCGAGUUGACAAGGGAAAGGCUCGGGCGAGGACUCCUCCUACUACUCGUAGUUCCGCCAAGCGUACUGCCUUUAAGCCACCGGUGGUCAAGCAGAAGGAAACUUCUGUUCAACCCAAGCAUCGCGGUCGCCCUCGUAAGAAGUCUCCCGUUAUUUUCCAAGAGCCCAUCGUGUUCGACAAGAAGCGAUUUAAACAUGCCACCGCUAGAUUUGGGCUUAAAGAGCUCCCCGCGGUUCUUAAGGGUACACAAAUCCAUAUGCCCGAACCUUGCCUUCAGUGCUCCGCGCGCAAGGAUUCCGCUGUCAAGAACUGCACCUUUCGUGGGUGGGGAACUCCCUGCGGUCCUUGCGACGCGGCGCAUGUUUCUUCGUGGGCCGUCAGGGAUGUCAUCCGUAACCGGUUGGCUAUUCAUGCGCCUUCAGCUAUAUCUGCGCUGAUGGAGUCCAUCGAAGAAGACACGCUUCAUAUGCGCACCCUAUCCGCAGUCCUUGAGGCCAUUCGCCAUCGUCGCGACGCCAAUCUUCGAGAGUUCGCAAACGCCAUCGCGGACCUGUGUCUCACCGCCGAGCCUGGAACUCUUCUAGGCACUGUUUUCGAGACUCGCGAGGAGUUCGGCUCGUGGUACAGCUUCGUUCAAGACUUUGUCGAAGCGUACUCGUGCCAUGGUCAUGGACGAAGAUUCGGAUGUGGUCGAGAUCAUCGAUCCUCCGUCUUCAACCCCUUGAAGCUGGCUAUUGGCCCUCCAGGUAAACGACGCAAGAUUAUUGAGAAACCCUCAUCUGAUGACGAGGCCAUCCAACAUCCCAACCGUUCACGUUCGAGCUCGUCGGACUCUGUACCUCUUGCUAGGCCUUUGCGUGCAGACAAGGGCAAGGCUCGCGCCAAGACGCCUCCGCCUGUUGCAGGUUCAUCUCGAGUUGACAAGGGAAAGGCUCGGGCGAGGACUCCUCCUACUACUCGUAGUUCCGCCAAGCGUACUGCCUUUAAGCCACCGGUGGUCAAGCAGAAGGAAACUUCUGUUCAACCCAAGCAUCGCGGUCGCCCUCGUAAGAAGUCUCCCGUUAUUUUCCAAGAGCCCAUCGUGUUCGACAAGAAGCGAUUUAAACAUGCCACCGCUAGAUUUGGGCUUAAAGAGCUCCCCGCGGUUCUUAAGGGUACACAAAUCCAUAUGCCCGAACCUUGCCUUCAGUGCUCCGCGCGCAAGGAUUCCGCUGUCAAGAACUGCACCUUUCGUGGGUGGGGAACUCCCUGCGGUCCUUGCGACGCGGCGCAUGUUUCUUCGUGGGCCGUCAGGGAUGUCAUCCGUAACCGGUUGGCUAUUCAUGCGCCUUCAGCUAUAUCUGCGCUGAUGGAGUCCAUCGAAGAAGACACGCUUCAUAUGCGCACCCUAUCCGCAGUCCUUGAGGCCAUUCGCCAUCGUCGCGACGCCAAUCUUCGAGAGUUCGCAAACGCCAUCGCGGACCUGUGUCUCACCGCCGAGCCUGGAACUCUUCUAGGCACUGUUUUCGAGACUCGCGAGGAGUUCGGCUCGUGGUACAGCUUCGUUCAAGACUUUGUAGAUACUCAGGGGGUCCCAGUGCCUGCGGGUUCAACGACGGCCGAUUUGGAGAGACUCGUCUCGCUUUUUCAGCGAGACGAUUCUCCUCCCAUUGCUGGGCCUUCAUCUCUGACACCUUGUCAACGCCGCGUCUGCUCGCUGUCCCUUAUUCCUUCUAUCGCCGCUGCUUCGCCUGGUCUUCCACCUUCCGCCCAUUCUCAGGAGGAGGAGGAGGAGGUUAUCGAUGAGCUUGUUGACGAGGAGUCACGUGGCGCGGGACAUCCAAGGCUCGGAAAGUUUAUUCUAUUUUUAGACGUGAUUGCGCUGGAAUGCGCAACUCCAAAUUUUCACGCUUCAAGUGAAUUGCAACGCGGAAUUUCGGAACGCGCACGCCUUGGUCUCAGACACACAUAUAAAAGCAGGCAGUGGCGAAAAAUUUUCGGACAGAACAGUUUUUUGCUUUUCUACCACGCACUCUCAUUUUACCACUCGCUCAUUAUGUCUAUCCCACACAACGCUCUUCCCGCCGCUGUCAAGCUUCGCGAGUCCGCUCUCACUGCCUUCAAAACUUAUCAGGACAUGAAAGAGGGACUGAACAGCGCUGCCGCUCCCACCAUUCUUGGCGUAGCCGCUAAUUACUGUGUUCAGCUUAUCGACACCAAGGAUCCGUGUCUGCUUAUGCACCAGCCAAUGCACAAUGUGCUUUUCCUUGUUAGAGGCGAGUACAAUACCCGCAGCACUGGAGUUCACGCCAUCGCGCCCCCAGCCGACCUCGACACUAUCAAAGAAUAUUGUCGCGCCGUUCUCGCCGCGCGCGCCGCUGCGCAGGUCGUUCCACCACCUGUUACUGCUCAAGCUCAGGCUCAGGCUGAGAUUGCAGAGCGCGGAUACAUUUUGAAACAGCGUCCCUGCAAGCUUGUCAAGUCCAAGGCUGUCGUUGAGGACAAGGAUGACGAGGUCGAGAUUGUCCCCGGCCCCUUGGAUACCGACGUUAUGAUGGGUGGGUGUGAUGGCCCCAACGCUAUCACUGCAGCUGACACCAUGGCAGUGGACAACCUCUUUGGUGACGAAGAAGUCAAGGACGCCGCUUCCUCUCCCAAAGAGAAAGGCAAGAAGCGCGCUGCCUCUGGUCCCAAGACCCCAGCCAAAUCCAAGCGUGCCGAAACGGUCAGCAUACCCUACGACGCUGUUCCAGGCAUGGACACUAACAGUCGCGAAUUUCACAAGGCCCUCGUCGUCGAGCAUGCCAAAGGCAGUUGCGCUGGCGACAAACGCCCUCGUACUGAACCGCCCUUUAUUAGUGGUUUAGCAGAUCUUCAGUCUCGUCAAAACGAGUCUGCCAACUCCUUGCUCAUCGACAACCCUCUGUACAGGGAGAUCUUAGCGCGCGCACAUGCUGCUGUUACCAACCGCAUGCCGGCUUAUCCCACCCUUGCUUAUUUCAAGCAGCAAGAGGUCGAUCUUCGUGAACGCGUUCUUCUUAGCAUGCAGCGCCUUGACUUGGAGCUUCGUCUUCGCGAUGUACUUGUCGCUGAUUACGAAAUUGCCCUUGCCCAGAUUGCUGAGCGUGAAGUAACUAAGGAGUAG